GGCACACACACCGGGCGGUGACGCAGUGAGUGUCAGGUGUCCGCACAGGGAGCGACUCAACGGAAGCGAGCACAGGUACUUGGGUAGCUAGCAGAUAUGGAAAGUGGUCCAUUCAGUCGACGGUCCUGGGCGACGCAGUCCGUGCGCAUCACUGCAAAGGAGCUGUCAUUGGUCAGUGGCCGAGGAAAAAACAAUGCCAUCGCUGAGCGGUUUUCCAAGUAUCAGAGAGCUGCUGUGGAGACUGCAGAGAAGAAAAAAGCAGCUUUUGAGAGUUCGACACCCUCCCUGCGUUUAGGCAACCUAAGUGCUCUGAAGAAGCGCUGGGAGCUAACGGAGAACCUUGACCGCAACAAACCUUCAUCCGGUCAACCUUCAAGCGAAUUCAGCUCUCGCAGUCGGCCCCCUGCCCUCGCCAGGCCUCCUUCCACCAGUGAGAACCCCCCUCCAUUAAAGAGCCCUGGCCUGGUGACACCUCAGAAAGGGGGAUUUACAGUUAGUCGUGCCCAGAAGCCCUCAGCAGCUCCAGAAGCAACCAAGGCUGAAGAACAGAGAGGGAUGGACAGGGAUGAGGUGGCACGUAGCGACAGACCUGAAAAGCUUGAGGAGCAAGUUCCAACCAGCCCCUGUGCCUUCUAUGAAAAGCCCAGAGUGCCACUGAACAACCUGAAGAUGAAGUUUGAGAGGGGAGAGGACGCCACGGCAAAGGUCAGCAGGACAACUCGACACAGUUCUUCCUCAGAAGACAUGGAGCAGCGUAGCGGCCUUUCUGUGACUGACAGAGUGUUAGAGGCGACGUCCCUGAGGGAGAAGAUGGCAAAGUACCAGGCUGCUGUUUCUAAACAAGGCACCGCACGACCUGGUGUGACCACAGAGGUGCCUGCUCUAAAUGCUUCUGCACCUGCACCUCAGAAACUGGUAUCUGCACCUGAGUGCAAUGGUGAAAGCAGCGAGCCGUCCAAAGUAUCAAGGAAGUUCUGCCCGCCGGCGAGGGAGGAGUGCUUCGCUUGUUCAAAGACUGUGUACCCCCUGGAGAGACUGGUGUCUCAGCAGCAUGUCUACCACAAAAGCUGCUUCCGCUGCGUUCACUGCAGCACAACACUCAGUCUUGGGAACUAUGCCUCUCUGCACGGUAAUGUCUACUGCAAGCCCCAUUUCAGCCAGCUGUUCAAAGCAAAAGGCAACUAUGACGAGGGCUUCGGCCAUCGCCCGCACAAGGAGCUGUGGGAACCUCGAACGGAGGGAGAAGAAGGUGAAGAAGCAGUGAAGCCAAAAGAAGCAGUGGAACCAGUGGAGGUGAAGCCUCCAGCUGAGAGUAAGUCAGACAAACAGCUGACCCCGACUGAGGAAAUGUCCCCACAGGUCAAGGUCACAGACAUGACCGCCUUAAUGGAGACACGUGGGCAGACACACGUCAGCUCCAGUGAGAAGCCCGAGUCUGCAGAGCGGCCAGCUGAGACACGCAAGCUGAGGGUCGCUUGGCCUCCUCCAGCUGGUGAGGGCCAGUCCGGGACUGCAGCGCUCAGUCCAGUCACCGAAGGAGUGACCUCCAGCAGGCCCUGGAGAGCCAAGUGGCCCCCAGAGGGAGAGGCACCAUCAUCCUUCCAGAGCUCAGAUCGGGUCGAACUGAAGAGCCUGAGGAGGAGCUCCUCGAUGAAGGAGCGCACUCGGCCUUUUACCAUCGCAGGUAAACCCACCCCUGCACCCAGUAUGGCGCCCAAGGAGCCUCGUCGGCCUCUCAAGUCCCUACUGGAAUGGAGAACAUCAUUUGAAGAAAGAAACCCCUCUGAAAAAUCACCGAAUGAAAACAAAGAAGAGCAGCAGCAGGAGAAGAAAGAGCAGAAGGUGGCAAGUGAAGACGCAGCACGUGCAAGCAGCUCAGACGAGGACGUGGCCACGGUGCACAAGCAGGAGGAAGAAAGAGACGAUCAAGUAGAGAAAGAAGAUGUAUCAGUGGGAGCAGACAAGAUGGCUGUGGAGGAGGGCUCUCUAAGGAGCAUCUCUCCAGACAGCUCACCGUCCCCUUCUCCACCUCUGCAGCCGAAACAGAACCGCACCUCUCAAGAUGUGGGAUUCUGGGAGGAAGACAAAGAGGGAAGUGACGCUGAGGAGCUGAGUGCAGAGGAUAUAAUCAAGAGGAACCGCCACUACGACGAUGAGGAAGAUGACUCUGACUCAUAGGAACAUCUCGGUUUCAUGUCCAUUCAUCAUAUAAAACUAGUCAGUCUGGUUUUCUCUGGUUAAAAGUAGCUCAUCAAUUAGCUUAGUCACAUUUUAGUGUUUAAUGAGUGAUUCCAAAAAGUCCACUAGUUGUUUGUAUGUGCAUAAAUGAUUUAAUAACUGCCUUUAAUUACUGUAUUAAAGUACAAAUGUUUCUUUUUUACAUUUUAAUUAUAUACUGUAAAAAUAUGUGAAACAGCUUUUAUAUGACUCCUGAUUAUACUGGAAGGUGAAAAAUCUAUUAAACUCAAUCAAUUCUG